AUGUCUGGGAGGGGGAAGGGCGGAAAAGGUUUAGGCAAAGGUGGCGCUAAGCGCCACCGCAAGGUCCUGAGAGAUAACAUCCAAGGCAUCACCAAGCCCGCAAUUCGGCGUCUCGCUCGGCGUGGAGGUGUCAAGCGGAUCUCAGGUCUCAUUUACGAGGAGACCCGGGGUGUGUUGAAGGUGUUCCUGGAGAACGUCAUUCGGGACGCAGUCACCUACACGGAGCACGCCAAACGCAAGACCGUCACCGCCAUGGACGUGGUGUACGCGCUCAAGCGCCAGGGGCGCACCCUGUACGGCUUCGGAGGCUAA